AUGGAAAUUGGUGACUUCAAGGUGGAGCUCCUUUUCCUCUCCAAGUUUAUCUCUUUCCCACCGAGCUUGUGGAGUGAAAAGCUGCGUGAGAUUAGCAGAGGUGGGUAUCUGCUUGCUGCUCGUUAUCACAAUCACAAGAAGACAUGGAUUGGGGCUUCUAUGGGGGACUUCCUUCGGGAAAGUCUGUGGAUCCGUUAUGUAACCUCAAUGUACUGGUCCAUCACUACUCUAACUACAGUUGGUUAUGGUGACCUACAUGCCGAGAAUACGAGAGAGAUGAUCUUUGACAUCGUUUACAUGCUCUUUAACCUGGGGCUGACAGCAUAUUUGAUAGGAAAUAUGACCAAUUUGGUUGUUCAUGGAACCAGUAGGACCAGAAAAUUUAGAGAUACCAUUCAAGCUGCAUCAAGUUUCGCUCAGAGGAACCAGUUGCCUCUUCGCAUACAAGAUCAGAUGCUCUCUCACUUGUGCUUGAAGUUCAGAACUGACUCAGAGGGGCUGGAGCAGCAAGAGACUCUAGAUUCUCUUCCAAAAGCCAUCCGGUCAAGCAUUUCACAUUUUCUCUUUUACUCCCUAGUGGAUAAGGUGUACUUAUUUCGUGGCGUGUCCAACGACUUGCUCUUCCAACUGGUUUCAGAGAUGAAAGCUGAGUACUUUCCUCCCAAGGAGGAUGUAAUUCUGCAGAAUGAAGCUCCAACAGAUUUUUACAUUCUUGUGUCAGGAGCAGUGGAUUUACUGGUUUUCAAAAAUAUUGGCGAGCAGCUGAAUUUUCAGAUUGUUGGGGAGGCAAAAAAUGGUGAUCUCUGUGGUGAGAUUGGGGUUCUUUGCUAUAGGCCUCAGCUGUUCACUGUACGAACAAAAAGACUGAGCCAGCUAUUGCGACUGAAUCGAACCACAUUUAUGAAUAUCAUUCAGGCCAAUGUUGGAGACGGGACCAUUAUCAUGAAUAAUCUCCUUCAGCAUUUGAAGGAGCUAAAGGAUCCAAUCAUGGAGGGAGUGCUGAUAGAGACAGAGAACAUGCUAGCUUGUGGAGUGAAAAGCUGCGUGAGAUUAGCAGAGCUCCUAAAAUUAUGAUUUGUAUUAUCUUGAUGUUGGCCAUGCUACUUAUGAUCUCUGUUGCUGGGAAAAAUAGGGGACAUGCAAGAGAAGGAAAAUUGGUACUAAGCUUGGAAUGAGUUACCGAAUCUGGGGGUGAUGACUGUGGUUCGUUCCUUUCAUGGGGCAGAACUUUGACUGAAUUUGUAAAUGUAGAAAUAGGAUGCUUUCAUGGGGCAUGCCUUUCCUAAAAUCUGCACUAUCAUAUGUUUCAUGGGGCAUGCUUUGUAAACGUAGAA